CAGUAGUUGAAGAAAACUGGUGACGCUUACUGUAGCGGUUAACAUAACCCAGUAACGUCAAUUUAUCGUCCAGGAUAGGCUUCAUCAGGAUUGAGAAUUUAACUUGUUGAAGAUUGAAGUUGAGCCUAGGUUUUUUAACUAACCAAUGGCGUCUGACGGUGACCAAGAUGGACAGUGCCAGGAAAAGGUUAUCUUGAAGAGGAAAUUGACUGGUCCACCCAGGCUCAUCUUGGGCAAAUCUAAAUCCAUGAACCAGGGAAGUGACCGGUCUGAGGAUAGAACGAAGAAGAGAAACCAAAGAGAAAACAACAACAAUGGCACGCAAAUCGAUUCCACCGCCAAGCAGUCAAAUAUAGAAGCAGGUGAUAAGGAAUCAUCACAUCCUUCAGAAACUUCAGACAAUCUCCAUAAAAGCUCAAAAAUGGAUGAGGACCGAGCUUCCUCUGAACAACCAUUUGAUCCUUCAAGUUGGGUUGCUGGUUCAGAAGAGAAUCAAGCCAUCAAAGUUCAACUGGAAGGACACAGUAAAACAGGGAAAUCAACUGGACGUGGCUGGAAAAGGGUGUUUUCCCCAGCACUCAUUUGUGUUAGAAGACCAAGGAAGUUCGCUACAGCCCAGGAUGGCAACCAAGUGCAAGCUGACAGACGUAUGCACACUCAUGCACAGUCAACAAGGGAAGACGCCCUCUCCCUGAGCGACGCGUGUCCUGACAGUGUCAUGAAAAGGAGACGCCGGUUUAAUAUCCGGACGUGGACCACCUUCAAACGGUUGUUGACGGCAUCCUAUGUACGACGCCAACGGCCAAGACAGGGAAAUAUUGUACAGGAGGUCACUGAAGACGUCCCACUACAGCCGGAGGUGACCUUCAGAAAGAGGUGUCAGCGUCUUCUGAUGUGUGGAAGAAAAGCAACUUCAGCUGCUUUUCUUCUGCAAAGCAGGGACACUCAGUGCCCGGGCAACAAGGAGACUAAAGGGGAGUUGAAUAGGACCCAGGACCAGGGACAACAGUCUCCAGCGACCCUACAGAAAGGGCCGAGUGAGGUUACGGGGCCAUGUCCAGAGAGAGUGACAGUCAAUGCAGAAGUGAUUGCCCUGCAGCCGAAUGACAUAGGCCCAAACACCACUAGAGCUUGCCAGAUGUCACCUUUACAGAGGCCCAUAUCGACAACGGUAGCAAGACAAGGAGUAGAGGGGGUAGACACCCAGACCAGUCCACUGAGCUACACAGAGGAAACAGUGAUAUUGGAACCUGAGACCUCGACCAGCGCUUGCACAGACUCAGUUCUCAGAGUCAUCAGUGUUGUCAUGGACACUAACGAGAUACAAGUAGAUGAACUGCAUGAUAACCAGUGUUUGGGAAAGGACAUGGUUACUCAGUCUGCCUGGGCGGUUGUUGACACGGCUGACAGCGUUGCCGUGGACACUAACAAGCAUCCCUCACACUCAGAUCCGGUAAUUUCUUCACGAGACGUUGGAGAGGAGAAUGGCAGUGUAGCGGAAGAUCAGGUCUUCCGGAGUGACCGGUCCUCGGCCCGCACAGCGGCGUAUGGAAACGGCGUUGUGCGGUCUGCUCUCUCUGCAGCAAACAGGGCCCGCCCGAACGGCCAUGAAGUUGGGGAGGGAAGUGGUGAGAGUGGCCCCUUGUUGGGUGAGGAGUGUUUGCUAGUAGAGACGGCACACUCGCUAGUCCAGGCAGCCAUUAGCGCUGCCAUGGAGCAGCUCUCAGUGGAACAGAACGGCACUAAUGUCGGUGACCACGGGGAGGCGCAAGAGUGUCGAGAUCACGCUUGAGCUUUCCUGCAGAAUGUCGCGGAGUUGCGGCUAUUACGCCGUCCGACGGGCGAUGUUUUAUAGGUUGUGUUAGGGGGGGCAUGAAAAAACAGCUGACCUCUGCCCGCACCCUGCAAAACAGACAACGGUUGUGCCUUUUUUUUGAUUACAUUAGUACCUUACUCCCACUUGCCAGGCUCCUAUAGUCUCCAGAUUGGGGCUUAGUUGUCUCUGCUGCCUACCGCUACAUCAUUCGUCAUUUUCACAGGAGUAUUUUUGGAACAGUAGCUGCAGAUCUUGGAACAUAAAGUGGCAGCAACAAGCAUUCAAUUACAUGCAUUUAUUAAUUAUACAGUUUAGAGUCAAUGUUUUUGUAUUUUUGCCCAAAGUUUGCCUUUUAUUUACAACUCUGUU